GUCCAGGUCAUCGCCAACAGUCCGGCUGUCCGUUUCGCGAAACUAAAGCGUCUACUAAUCUAGUGCGUAGUAUCUUCUCUCUGCUAGUUGUGAAUUAGUGGUUUUCGAAAGGAAGAAAUCGAUAAAAAGAUGUCGCCGGUGCCCAUGUUGUUCCGUGAUUGGGGGAUGGACCCCUGGUGGACGACGGAUUUCCACCGACCGGGCUCGUGCCGAUUCUGGGACCAUCACGGCUUUGGAGGUGGCCUGUUUGACGAUUCGGAUCUGUUGAGCCGGUCCAUGGCCUGUCGGAACCGAGCCCGCUUUGGACGACCCUGGAGCUUCGAACCGCUCAGUCAGGAACUAGCCCGAAUCGACAAAGAACGCUUCCAGGUCAAUCUGGACGUGCAGCAGUUUGGACCGCACGAAAUCAGCGUCAAAACCGUCGACGACUUCAUCGUGGUCGAGGGAAAGCACGAGGAACGACAGGACGAGCAUGGAUUUGUGUCCAGACAGUUUGUCCGCCGGUAUCAACUACCAGCCGAUUACGAUCCAAAGGAUGUCGUUUCGAGCCUAUCGUCCGACGGUGUACUCACCGUGAUGGCACCCCCAAAGUUGCUUCCACCCCCGAAAAAGGAAGGAGCGGCCCCAGUUGAACGAACCAUUCCCGUCACGCAAACUGGGGAAAAUGAUAAGUGAAAUCCAGACUGUGCUGUUGAAACGCUGGACGAAGUAUUAAAAGUCGAAAAUAGUGACAUGUGAUGUGUAGGUCUGAGAGGCCUUUAAACUUGUUGUAAUAUUUUUGUUUUUAAAAACAAGAAUUCAUUUUUUCCACUGAACAGUACCAAACAUAUCAAAACCAAUCCCAAAUGCAGAAUAUAAAUUUAUUUGCAAUCAAAUGAAA